UUGACGCCAUGGUCUGUGAUUGACUUUUUCAAUCCGUGUUUCCUCCAGAAUUAUUGUAUCCAAGUGAAACAAAGAAAAAUAAAAAAAUGGGAAAAAUAUUCCUGGAUCAUAUUGGAGGCACUCGUUUAUUCUCAUGUGCUGCUUGCGACGUAGUACUGACGAAUCGAUCUGAACUGAUUAGCACAAGAUUUACUGGAGCCACAGGUCGUGCCUUCCUCUUCCACAAAGUAGUGAACUUAGUGUACUCUGAAGUGCAGGACCGAGUGAUGCUGACGGGCAGACAUAUGGUGCGGGAUGUCUCCUGCAAAAACUGUGGCACUAAACUAGGCUGGGUCUAUGAGUUUGCUACAGAGGAAAACCAAAGGUAUAAAGAAGGCAGAGUUAUCUUAGAGAGAGCAUUGGUCAAUGAAACGGAAGGCAUUGAAGAGAUUCCCGUCAAUAAUGAUGACUAAAUUAAUUUAUUAAGGGCUUCUGAGACAGUCAAGCGGCUUGAUGACAAGCAUGUUGAAUAUUUUCAACUUUUGCUUACUGCUUGCGUCAAGCGUUUACAUGCUUGACAGUGGUUGAUAUGAUUUUAUAUAAUUAUUUGCUUUACACAAUGUUCGGACAGUGUUCAAGAAAUGAGAAAAGUGUCCUUUGCUGGCUCAAACUGCUUGUCGGGCGCAUCAAGCUGUUUGAGCAAGCAAAACAAAACUACGUGCUAGCCAUUAAGCCACUUGAACAUCUCAGAAAGCCCUUUAAUUAGCUAUAAUCUUUUUUAAUUUGUUAAACGUGAGUAACACAGUUUAGCAAACCACACAGUUCAGAAAAAAGAUCAAAUGUCUGCAAUUUUUUACAAACAUUUUAUAGCAUGAUAGCCUGCCGGAUCCCAGCCAAGUCAAUCUCGCUUUUCAUUUCGAACCACGGCCAUAGAAUAAUAGCUUAGAGGUGCAGAAAGCUCACACUGGAAAAACGUUUAAGUAGUGACUUUUGUCAUGAUGUAAUGCACAAUGACGUAAAAAAGCUAAAUUGCACCAUAUUAGGCUACCUAUAGGUACCUAUAGGUAGGCUAAUAAAGUGCAAUUUAGCCGCUUUAUAGGCAGCCUAAAAAUGAACACCUUUCUAUUGUCUAAUUCUUCUCUUAAUUCUCUCUCAUAAAAGAUAAGUGCCGUCAAGGGGCGCGCCGGCGUAGGCAUGUUUUUCUGGUCGCCUGACCAAAUGAGCCUGGCUUACAUCAUGUGGCCGUUGCUCUGCGCAAGUGCUUUUAUCUCUGAACUGUAUGUUUACUAAGCUGUGGUAACGUGUGUAAAUAAAAUUGUCUGAAAUAAGGCGUGGUUGCACAGGGACAGCUAUAGUUAAUUUUGGUAAUGUUGCUGUCACUUUUUGUCAACCACAUUAUGCUUUUGCCAAAAAGUGACAGCAUCAGCAACGUUGCAAAAGUUAACUAUUGUCCUGAUUGAUUGUGUUGAUUUUUUAUGUUAUAUGUGCCUAAAAGGACUUACAAAAUUGUGAGAUGGAUGUUUAGGGAUGACCGGAGCAAAGCAGUAUAAAUGAAUUAUAAAUAAUAAGAGCUGGCAUGUUCCUAGUACAUACACACAAACGCAAUUUUAUUGUUUGAAUAAAAUUAAAAUGUGUUCACGAAAAAAUUAAUUUAUGAAAUCACAUAUAGAUGGCGCAGUCCGUCAUUAAAUUGCAUUGUUCUGCAUAAAAGUAAUCAUCUAUAGACUGACAGAUGGGUAUAAA